AUGUCUCUAGCUGACAAAGCUCACCAAUGGGAGAAGAGCUUGCCCCAUGGCACAAUCACCACUUGGGAUGAAUGCAAGAAGGCCUUUCUUGCUAAGUUUUUCUCCACCGGUCGCACAGCCAAGCUUAGAGGAGAGAUAUCCAGCUUCAUCCAGCGAAACAAUGAGACAUUCGCAGAGGCUUGGGAGAGGUAUAGGGAGAUGCUAGACACAGCUAGCAAUGGGAACUUCCUCAACCAGGAUGUAGAUGAUGGCUGGCAACUUGUGGAGAACAUGGCCAUAUCAACAGAAUGCUAUGGAGAGCACUAUGAAAGUACAGACUGGAGCUCGACCGCGCACUCGAAGUUGGACAAAUUGAUCCUAGCCCAAUUCCCUGCCAAGCAUGUCAACUAUGUCUCAGAACAAACCUUAGUCAAAGGACCAGGAAGGGGAGGAGACAACACAAGAGCCCCCUGGCCGCACCAACAACAAAGUGUUCCACAAGGUUUCAACCCAAGGACUACUCAUACCCAACCAACUCAAGAUUGGGAUAUGAAGGAAAUGCUCCAACAACUUUUACAAGGGCAAGCCAAAGGUUCUCUGGAAAUGAACAACAAGCUGGUUGAGAUACACUCUAAACUAGAGUCAUUGACUUCAAGAGUCCAAAUCAUUGAGUCUUCAAGUGCAUCAUCCUCUUCACCACAAGAGUAUGCCCAAGCAGUUACACUAAGAAGUGGGAGGCAAUUCCCUAGUAGAGGUAGCCCACCCCAAAUCGCUGUGGACAUCGAUGACGAGGAAGGGGAGGAUUUAGUCGAGAUGCUGAUAACUCGACCCGAACUCGAUCGAGCUGGAACAAAACCCUGA